AGGACGGACUGCUGGGCUCCGCCUCUUCCGUCCGUGACACCGCCUCUUCCGCCCGUGACGCCAGGCGGCAACCGGAAAUGGGCGGGCGCGCCGGAACUCAGGGGGAGUUUCCUACGAGCUAGGCUUCCUCAACAUGGCAGCGCCCUUGUCAGUGGAAGUGGAGUUCGGAGGCGGUGCAGAGCUCCUGUUUGAUGGUAUAAAGAAACAUCAAGUCACUUUGCCUGGGCAGGAAGAGCCCUGGGACAUCCGGAACCUCCUUGUCUGGAUCAAGAAGAAUUUGCUAAAAGAGCGGCCAGAGCUGUUCAUCCAGGGAGACAGCGUGCGGCCGGGAAUUCUGGUGCUGAUUAACGAUGCCGACUGGGAACUGCUGGGGGAGCUGGACUACCAGCUGCAGAACCAGGACAACAUCCUCUUCAUCUCCACGCUGCACGGUGGCUGAGGGCCCCUAUGCCCGGGCCCUUGGAAGGGGGAGCACAGAACAGUCAGAUAUCUCCUUGGGCCCCGCUUCCAGGUCUCCCUGUCCCCCUUGGCUGCCUUCUUCCCUGCUCUGUCCCUUGAGUUCCCUCCAGGCAGGGAAAGGAGGCCAGGUGCUAAAAAUGAGCCUUUCUGGGCACAUGAGCAGGGAAAGCAGUCUCUGGGGGCGUCCCCUCCAGUGUGUCAGGAGUGGCAGGGGCUCUGUGGCCAGGUGACCCAGCUGCCUUCUGCUCUGUGUGUCUCAGUCUAAACGCUGAGUGACUGCCACCAACGAGGCACCCUCGCUGCAGGGCCAUCUUGUAGGGAAGAUGAAUGGGCCUGAAGAACUGAAGGUGGGCCCCUCCCUUCCAGAGAUCCCAGGACUCUUCGCCUCAGUUUCCCCAUCUGGACAGCAGAGGGCUGUGCCUGUCCCCCACUGAUAUCAUUAUGGAACCCCAGCUGGGGUCCCCUAUUCAGUGCUGACCCCCUUCCCCCAACCCAGCAGCUGCUCUCCCAGCCACACCCCUCCUCCCCUUGCUCCCCAGCCCUUGACCCUGCCCCCCCCCCGGCCACCAGAUGGGCUCCUGAGACCCUCCCCAGUCUUUGUACCGCUCAUUCUGCUGGGAGUGGAAAGGGAGGAAGGAGCCUGACCUUGGACUGCCCAGCAGAGACCUGGCAUAGGGGUCAGUGUCCGUCAGUUGCUUCCUCUGCAACAACUGAGUAUUUAUAGUGUCUAAACUUGGGGAGAUACUUGAUGACACAAGUUAGGGUUGCAAGGAAGCAGGGUAGGGGCAGGCAGCACGUGGUAGGCAGAGCGGUUUGCCCCACCUCCCUCCAUGCCUUCUGGAAGUCUAGGGGUCUGGUUGCCUGCAACAGCUGGCCUUGGGCAAAUCAAAGCCUAGGUUGUUCACUGGCCUCGCUGGGAGCUACCUCCUUAGAGAUGGGAGGUGCCGCAUCUGUCCCCUGCCACAGCCCUGGGAUGACCUCCUGUCCUCUGCCUAGGGGUCUCAGAGCUGCCAUGCGCCCGAAAGGCUGAAACUCAGACUGCCCUGUAGAGUGGUCCUGUAGGGGUAUCUGGAGAAGGAGGUGCAGGGCCAGUCUGCAACCCAGGACACAACCCAGCCAGGCUUUGUCCCCUCACCUGCACCCAGAUCCCCUGGCCCUACACUAGGAAUGGCAUGGAAGACCUGCUGAACCCCCUUGCCUUCCAUAACCUGGAGAAAAGAGCUUUGUCUUGCCGGAGGGAGACCUUAAAAAAGAAUGAGGGCACCAACAUCAUCCUGCCAAAGCCCAGAACAUUGCUUUUCAUUAAAUGUCGAUAAUUUAAGGUGGAAAUUUCUCAUCCUGUGAAGACAAAAGCAUCAAAUGUCCUGGCAUUGCUGGGGGGUGCCCCUCAUUCUCUUAGGGGACAGAUGACCUGGCCAGUGGACUUCUCCAGCCUGCUGCAGAGAAGGCUCCUGGGAGUGGUGGGGACAACCAUGUUGGGGUUACAGUAGGGGCCGGGCUCACCAACCCUCUCUAGGCAGGGCUGAGGUCAGGGUGUCCCUAAUGGGGGACAGAGCAGGGGACCUGCAAUGGCCCGACAGCCUCACUGCAGAGGGUCAGCCUGACCUGAUUCCUGUAGGCUGGAGGUCCUGCCUCCCUCCAGCUCCUGGGCUACAGACUGGCCGGCUGUCCCACAAGGGAUCCCAGGUCCUGGAAACUGGGUCUGGGAUUCCUCUCCGUGGCUGCCCAAGAGGGGUUGGGGCUGAGAGAUGCAGGGUGUCCCUGCCCCCACCGCACUCCAGUUAAUGCUGAGCAGCAGAGCAGGAGAAAGGCUCUGGGGGAAGCUGGGUUCUCCCUGCAGCAGGGAUGCCUGCGCCUGGGUGAGAACUGGCCAGGGUCGAGGCAGCCUGGACCCCGAAGGUCUCCAGCCCCAUCCUGAGCCAGAAAGGGGUCAGGACAGGUGACUCUGGUCCACCAGCAGCAGCUCCCAACAGCCCCCUCCCAAGCAACUCCUGAGCCCUGCUUUUGAGAAAAUAAACGAAUAAAUAAACCCCACUAUCUCCGAA